UGAAAAAGAUUUACAUGAAGUAAUCACAUUAAAAAAUCGACGUGAUAUAACCAGCGAAUUAAAUCCGUAUCUCGUCUUGAAGAGUGGACUGCAUCAUAACUGAAAGAUGUUAAAAGCGAUUAUCCUAAUUGGGGGACUUCAAAAAGGUACCAGGUUCCGCCCCCUGUCAUUCGAGGUUCCCAAACCGCUGUUCCCUGUGGCAGGAGUUCCCAUGUUACAGCACCACAUAGAAGCCUGUGCCCAAGUUCCUGAUAUGAAAGAGAUCAUACUAAUAGGUUUUUAUCAGCCCAAUGACGAGCUAAACCGGUUCAUUUCUUGUGCUCAGCAGGAGUUUAAAAUCCCAAUACGGUACCUGCAGGAGUUUACUGCCUUGGGUACAGGUGGUGGGAUCUAUCACUUUCGUGACCAGAUCCUGUCUGGGGGUCCGGAUGCAUUUUUCCUCAUGAAUGCUGAUGUAUGCUCUGAGUUCCCCUUGCAGGAAAUGCUCCGGUUCCACCGUCAACAUGGCGAGGGUCAUUGUGGAGUCUUACUUGGAACUACAGCCAAUAGAACACAAUCUCUGAACUAUGGCUGCAUUGUGGAAAAUCAUGAGACAAAUGAGAUGCUCCAUUUUGUGGAGAAACCCAGUACUUUUGUAAGUGACAUUAUCAACUGUGGUAUCUAUUUGUUCACACCAGAUAUAUUUGGCCAUAUUGGGAAGGUUUUCCAGAGGAACCAGCAAGAGAGGAUCCAAGAAGAGCUCACUAAUGGCAAGCAGAUGCCAGAGGUGAUUCGGCUGGAACAGGACAUCUUUACAACCCUAGCAGGACAGAAAAAACUCUUUGUCUACAAAACACAGCAUUUCUGGAGUCAGAUAAAGUCUGCAGGGUCAGCAAUAUACGCUAGUCGUUUGUACCUCAAGCAGUAUCAUCAGACACAUCCUGAGAGACUGGCCACAAACCAAGACGGAACUCCCAAAAUAAUAGGAGAUGUUUAUAUCCACCCUACAGCAAACAUUGAUCCCUCUGCUGUGCUGGGUCCUAACGUUUCUAUUGGCAAAGGGGUGACAAUUGGAGGAGGCGUAAGAGUGAGGGAGUCCAUCAUUUUACAUGGAGCCGUGUUACAGGACCACUGUUGUGUGUUGAGCAGUAUUGUUGGGUGGGACAGUACAGUGGGGAAGUGGGCAAGAGUAGAAGGAACGCCAAGUGACCCCAAUCCCAACGAUCCUUAUGCCAAGAUUGACAGCGAGACUCUGUUCAGGGAUGGAGGUCUAACCCCAUCCAUCACCAUCCUUGGCUGCAAUGUGAAUAUUCCAUCAGAGGUCAUCAUUCGAAACUCUAUCGUCUUGCCUCAUAAAGAUCUCAACAGGAGCUUCAAAAACCAGAUUAUUCUAUAGAAGACACUUUCCUCAUUUGUCUUUCUAAAAAAAAAAAUACAGUACCUUGGGUCAUGUAGAAAGUAUAUAGCGUAAAGAUUGCACAAUGUUUAAUUUUCAUUGUUAUAUGUAAUGUUUAUGUAUUUGGUAGUUACUGUUCAGAGAAAAUGAGUCCACUUGUGAUCAAAUUGUAUUGCAGUAUAUAUGAAUAAUAUGGUUCAACAAUGGGAUAUUUUCCUGAUUAUUUCAGGACUGGGAAUUUUGUAUUUAAUGACUUACUCUAUGCUGAUGUACCAGCCUCAUCCACAUACAGUAACAUAACACUAUAUUUUAAUUGUAUUAAUUCCUUAAUUACAAAUCACAUAUACCUGUGUUGCCUUUUUAGCAAAUUAAGGAGUGAUCAGUGAAGUAUUUUUAUAGAAACAGAUUUGAAGGCACAUAGUUUUGGCAGGAAUGUAAAUGGAUGGAGAGAAGGUUUAGGGUUUUUUGGUAAUUAUUGCUGUUUUCUGUCACAACCAUUUAUUAAAAUCAUUUCAACCACAGAAACA